UGCGACGGCGAGCGCCCCGCCUGCGGCGAAUGCGACGCAAAGCAGACAGCGUGCCGCUACGCGGAGACGGAGGCGCGCAAGGUGAGGCACAAGUACGAGCAGCUACGCAGCCGCCAGUCGGUGCUCGAGCAGUUGUUUGAGUUUCUCAGGACUGCGCCUGAGCAGGACUCGUUUGAGAUUCUGCGCCGCAUCCGCACGGGGAGCGAUGCGGAGACUUUGCUCAAUCAGAUCCAGGAGGGGAAUCUCCUCAUGCGCCUCUCUCGCGCUGGGGACUCGCCGUCGAUAUGA